UAAUGGAAUAGUAUAUAUGAAUAACGUUUUGUUAAAUGUUCUAGAAUAAUCUAGAUGAAAUAAUGCAUUCUUAUUUUCUACUAUCCACAAUAGUUUUAACUUUAUCGCUUAUAUUUCUUGAAGGAAUUAAUGAAGUGACUGGAGAAGGUGUUAUUUUUGACCUUAGGACAUUUUUCUUAGAAUGUUGGUUAAACUUGUGUUUUCGUUUAAAAGGAACAUUCGGUUUCUUCCUUGAAGAUUUGAAAAAAGAAUACGGGGGACAACGAAACUCAUGAAUUAUGUAUUUUGUUUACUGAAGCAUUAUUCUAUUCAUUCACUGAAAACAAUCACAUUAGAAAAUAAUGAUAAUCAUUAUUAUCUUGAUAAAAGUGGUACAUCUGGAAGUUCAGCACUGAACUUUGAUUUAAUGCGUUUGGGUAUUGUUAUAUCUUGUGCCCUGUGUCCUAUUAAUGUAUAACGUGAUAAUACC